AUGGUCGAAGUCACGACCUCUCUAAUAAUCAAUGAUGUCACUAUGCAAGGCAGCGGUGUUUACAGCGCUCAUUCAGAUCUCCAGCAUGAGGCCAUGCUCCAAGCUUUACCUUUGAUCGAGAAGGCUGCAAAGGCAAUGGAAACGCAUAUAGCUGGUCAAGUUCUGACAGUGGCAGAGUAUGGAGCAGCACAAGGGGCAAACUCGAUAGAGCCACUAGAAAAAAUCACAAAGUCGAUCCCACCAGAGAAUCUACAAAUCUUGUUCAACGACAAAGCAAAUAACGAUUUCAACACCUUGUCCUCCACAAUUACAGAAUGGAGAAAGAGAUUCACCAAGCCCUCUUUCAUUGGAAUGAUCCUCGGAAGUUUCUACGAUCAAAUUCUCCCAGCAAGCUCCGUCGACCUCGGCUUUUCGCUAUCAUCCGUCCAACACCUGAGCACAACACAGCCAAUGAUGGACGAAAAUCUGCAGCGGAUCCCUAACGCAGACAGACUCCUCCAAGAACAAGCUCAUAAAGAUCUGCUCAGAUUCCUCUGCCAACGAGCAAUAGAGACCAAACCUGGAGGAUCACUGGUGCUUUCCUUCCCGAGUAAAUCAAACUCCGGACAAUCGGAUCUCGUUGGGCCCACUACUUCAAUUUUCGGUGCAUUAAAGAUCAUGUUCGCCGAAGGCAAAGUGUCAAAGAAAGUCCUUUCCUCACUUAACGAACCUCUCUACAACCGCAGCAUGGAAGACGUGCAAUCUACGCUGAGUCAAGUCAACGAGCUUUGGAAUAUGAGAGAGUGUUUCGAGAGUCGGGUCAUACACCCUGCUUAUCUGGAGCUGCAAAAAGCGAAGAGUGACAGGGGUCUAAUUAGUGACGAGGCGGCUUGGAAGUAUACGCAUGCCAUCAUUGACUGGGUCAUGGCUGUCGUUGCGGGUUACCUUCUCAAGGCGCUGAUGGAUGGGGAUCCGGAGAACUACUCGGAAGAGAAAGGAAGUGAGAUUGUGGCGGAGUGGAUCAAGAAAAUAAAGGAGUUCUAUUUUGACCAUUUUAAGGGGGAAGAGGUUUCAAUGUCCUUUAUUCAUGUUUGGUUGCAGAGGAAAUGA